UUGCUAGAGUAAUCAUUAGUAUCAACAGCAGCUGUACAUUGCAUCAAGCCAAUCUUUAACGUUCCAGGUACGUGAUUUGCCCCACUUUUGUUUUCCGAUCAUUUUGUUUAUUUUUUUCCACUUGGACUUACAGAUUAGCCAAUAAUAGGUUUCAGAACUUACUAAAUUUAUAUCAAGGAGCCAGGAAUGGAAGCAGCCAAAACAGACACGAGCGAAGAGCAGCUAGAAUAUGAAAGUGAUGAGGAUGAAUAUGAGCUUUUAUAUGUAGAGAGCCAAGCGGGCGGAAAUGAAAACCUGAAUAAAGAUCACGUUGAAGACAACAUAGGGAACGAGACUGAGUAUUUUGAGAUAGAUACCCAAGAAUUCAACACAAACACAGGAGAGAAAUAUGUGGUGACAGAAGGAUAUCCUGAAAUUGAGGUGGAAGAUAAUUUUGAGGAAGAUGACUAUGAGGAUGAAGUUCAGGAUAGUAUCGAUAGCGACGAUGUAGUGAACGGAAAGACUGAAAGUUAUGGUAGUGAAAGAGAUAGCAGCAUUGAAUACCAAGGAGAAGGAGUAGGAGGUUUCAAGGAUGUAGUGGAUGGCCAAUCGGAUGGGAAUACACAUUUUGUCGUUGAAAUCUCCAGUGACGAAGAUGAAGACGAAUUUAACAAUCAUGGCGAGGGAGAAACUCAAGGAGAACAAGAAACCAAAAAGGCCAGGGAGACAGAGAGUGAUGGAGUUAUAGAAGAGACUACUAAGGAAGCGGCUGACGAUCCAUUUGAUGAUGACGACUUGAUUGAAUACGUAGAGGACCCAGAUGAAGUGUAUGAGAGACCAGAAAUAUCUGUUGCUGGGUCGAAGCAACAAAAUCAAGACGAAGAGGAUAAGGAGACUCGUGAAAGAGUGGGAGGGGAUAAUACAGAAAUCCGGACGCUGACGCAUCUACCGAUCUAUCUUGACUUCUGCGAUCUUGUUUCUGAUAAGGAGAAGGAUUUGGGGAACGCGUGGCUAAACGAAGAAAUCAAGGUUGAUUUCGAUUUUAUGAAGCUGUACCCACCUGAAUGUGAAGAGGACGAGAUGUAUGCAGAGUUCGAUUCGUUGUACGGCAGUUUGGAGGAGUGCAUUAGGUUGAAGUUCAUUGAUAUUUUACUUAAAAUCAAAAGUGUGAUAACAAAAAGCUGCAAGAUACAGGACCUUGAGACGGAUAUCGACAUCCGCUUGACCUUUGGGGACUUGAUGAACUUCACCGUUGCAUCCGACUCUUUAUCAUCAGAGUCGCUAACUUUGGAGGACGUGUUGAUCAGCUACGAACGAUUGAAACUGCAAUCGCCAAAUGCGGACCUCCAUAAGUUUUUAUUGUUGAGGGUUUGGUUGAGCAGAAACACGUUAGGACAGUUUGGAAUAUUAAAGGAGGCGUCAUUGAACGGGUACCGGCUAGAAAACUUGAGUAGUUUGAUCUCCCGUAAGCGCAAGGGGGAGCAAGAUGACAUGAAUAUGGUGGCAACGAAGAGAAACAAGGUUGAUACGGCCAGCUAAGACCUGUAGCUAUGUAGUUCUUCCAUUUAUGUAAAGUCGCAUGUAUAGUAAAGAAGCA